ACGCUACGGCUCUACGAUUGAGCCAUAAUGGCGUUAGUUUCAUAUCCUGCUCUGAGGAACGUGUGGAUUUCAGUGUUUAGGGAAGUACUAGUUGUGUUUUUGUUUUUGGAGGGUCGGUGAUGAUGUCGAUUUCAGUGUACAACGGCUGAUAAUAUUUCAUAUUGUAAAAUGUAUUUAUUUUAUUUAUUACGUACUGUUUUUUUUUGUUUAGUUUUUUCAACAAAGCAGUUGUUUUCGGAUAUGAAGCUGAAGUCUUGACAACGCUCCAGGUCAUUUAUCUCGAAGUAGCUUGUUUAAAAAAAACCACUGACAUACCACGUAGUAAAAGAAGAACGCAGCCCAACACACAGAACGACAGGUGAUUAUGAUCUCUUUGAUUCAGCAGAGUAUCUGAAGAUGGAAUCGGUCCAGGUCACCAAGUCGGUCCCUCUAUUGAAUGGUGUGCAUAUUAAAGAGGAGAUGCCUGAACUGGAGCCUGACAGGUUUGCGAAGGACAUCAGCGAGCUGGGGUCUGUUAUCAUCAAGGAGGAGGAGGAGGAGCCUGUCAAGAUUGAGCCCGGUCACCUCAACGAUUCAGCAAGACCCAGCAAGUCGCAAGGCUCGCAUUUCUGCACUGAAUGUGGGAAGAAUUUCAACCGAUACGAAAACCUGAAAACGCACCUGAGAAUUCACACCGGGGAGAAGCCGUAUCAGUGUGCGGAGUGUGGGAGAAGCUUCAAUCAACUCCCCCACCUGAGAGCACACCAGCGAACCCACACAGGAGAGAGGCCGUAUGGCUGCAGCGCCUGUGGGAAGAGCUUUAAUCAGCUGGAGAGCCUAAAGACUCACAAGCGCACACACACAGGGGAGAAGCCUUUCCACUGCGCGGAAUGUGGCAAGAGCUUCAUCCGGCAGGAAAGCCUCAAGACCCACCGUAGGACCCACACCGGAGAGACGCCGUACCCCUGCCCGGACUGUGGGAAGAGUUUCAGCCAGCUGCCGCACCUGAAAGCACACAAGCGAAUCCACACAGGAGAGAAACCCUACCUCUGCACGGAAUGUGGGAAGAGCUUCAACCAGCUGGAAAGCCUCAAGAAGCACCAGAGAAUCCACACUGGAGAAAGGCCAUAUCGCUGCCCUGACUGCAGCAAGAGCUUCAACCGGCUUGAAAACCUCAGAACGCACCAGCGCAUUCACACUGGCGAGACACCCUACUGCUGCUCUAAGUGCGGGAAAAGCUUCCGCCACUCCAACUCCCUGAAGAUACACCAGCAAACCCACGAGAGAGCCGCCCUGCAUCGCUGCACAGACUGCGGGGAGAAUUUCAGGCAGUUACCAGCCCUGCAGGCCCACCAAAGGAGUCACGCACAAGAGACUCCUCAGUGAGGGCAAAGUCAGCAUUGAAAAAAUAUAUAAAAAACUGUUGAACUCAAACCUCUGAAUCUUCUACUGUUGAAGGACAAACUUUUUCUGCAUCUCUCUGGGCCAUGUUCCAGGGAGUUGUGAUUGAUUCUGUUAAUGUGUACAGUAAGAAAAUAAGCCUAUUUAAUUGUAAGGGUGUAUUUGAAUUGUGAUACUGUGGAUGUUGUGUACUGUUACCUUGCAGCCUGUUAAUCUCUUAUUGGCAGUCACCCUUGAAACGAGGAGUUAGCAUCCCAUGCAUCGGUCUUACCUGUGUUGAUCAUUUGAAACUCGGUCAUUCCAUGUCAGAUCAGCUGGUCAUGUUCAUCUCAGGUAUAGAUUCAUGAAGAGGUGCCAUUCAGCAUUACCACUUUCAACACUAAGUACAGAAAGGCUACUCCAGGAUAUUUAAUUAAAUAGUUUUGGAGUCUUGUAGUGAAAAUAAAUGCAACACUUUAUAUGUGAAAAAUUGGGGGG